GUCUUCGUUUUCUCGUAUAUAAGCAAUUGGUCUUCCCUCCAAUCCCACAUUGGAUCUCAGUUUCAUACUUCUGUUCUUCUUACCUUUCGAAUUAAGCCAGGAAAAUGGCAGUGCUGAGAACAUUCGUAUGUUUGGCAGCCAUAGCCAUGCUCAUGGAGCUCGCCAUGGCAGCAAAUUACACUGUUGGAGGUGCAAAUGGAGGGUGGGAUACGAGCACUGACCUACAAUCUUGGGUUGCAGCUCAAACAUUUGCAGUAGGCGAUAAUCUGAUUUUUCAGUACACUCCGAACCAUGAUGUGCUUGAAGUUACCAAGGCGGACCACGACUCCUGCCAGACCGGCAACCCGCUUCAGACGUACAACGACGGCAACACGGUCGUACCUCUUACGACUCCGGGAAAGCGAUACUUCAUCUGUGGAACACUCGGACAUUGCAGCCAAGGAAUGCAGAUUGAGAUCGACACAUUAGCAACGUCUAUGCCACCGGCGACAUCUCCUUCAUCUCCGCCGCCUUCAUCUCCUUCUCCGGAAACUUCUCCCUCGCCUGCGAAUACCCCGGAAUCAGUUCCUGGGAGUCCAUUGUCCCCUGAUGUGCCUUCGGAUGGAGCACCGAGUGGUGUUUCACCAUCAUCACCACCACCUCCCUCAUCAGCUAUUAAGAACAGUUUCGGAACAUUGGGGUUUGGCCUUGUGCUGAUGGUGUUUUUGGCUUUUUAAGCCUAUGGAGAUUCCUUUGUUUACAAGAAUCAUCGAAUUAUUUUUAUUGCUGCGAAAAUUGUCUGUUUCUCUACUCGCCUGUGUGGUUUAUUUGUGUAAAAUGGAUUCCUAGCAAUAUACUUCGUACUUUU